AUGGUGGCACCAACCUCUGAGGAGCCGCCCCCUGCCCACUUGUCCUCUGUGGGGGCCGUCUUCAUCCUGCUCAAGUCUGCCCUGGGUGCCGGGCUGCUUGCCUUUCCCUGGGCCUUCCACAGGGCCGGUGGGGUGCUUCCUGCACUGCUAGUGGAGCUGGUGUCGAUGGUCUUCCUCAGCACCAGUCUCCUGUCCCUGGGCUAUGCGGCUGCCACCACUGGCAGUUCCUCUUACCAGGGCGUGGUGGCCACACUGUGUGGUGAGGCCAUGGGACGGCUGUGUGAGGCCUGUUUUUCUGCCAACCUCCUCCUCAUCUCUGCUGCCUUUCUCAGGGUCAUCGGGGACCAGCUGGAGGAGUUGUGUGACGUCCUGCUGCCCAGAGCCCUGCCUACACCACAGCCCUGGUAUAUGAACCAGCGCUUCUCUCUGAGCCUCGUGUCACUGCUCCUGCUCCUACCACUGUCCACCCCCCGCCACAUCCGAGGACACAUGUUCAGCAGCAUCCUAGGCACACUGGCUGCCUGUUACCUGGUGUUGCUCGUCAUGGGCCAGUACUACCUGGGACCCCCACACCCCCUCCCGGAGCCCCGCACUUUGCCCAGCCCCUCCUGGGCCUCGGCUCUCAGCGUCUUCCCCACCAUCUGCUUUGGCUUCCAGUGCCAUGAAGCCGCUGUGGCAGUGUACAGCAGCAUGAGCCGCCGCGGCCUGUGCCACUGGGCCCUGGUGUCGGUGCUGUCCCUGCUGGCCUGCUGUCUCAUCUACUCUCUGACAGGGAUAUUCGGCUUCCUGACCUUUGGGGCCGGAGUCUCCACUGAUGUCCUGAUGUCCUACCCUGGCAGUGAUCCAUCUGUCCUGGUCGCCCGCCUCCUCUUUGCUGUCUCUGUGAUCACUGUGUACCCCAUUGUGGUCUUUUUGGGGAGGUCAGUGAUGCAGGAUUUAUGGCGGAGGUGCUGCUGUGGGGCUCGGGGGCCUGGGGCCCUGACUAAUCCAUCAGGGCUGUGGAUCCGGAUGCUCAUGACGGCUAUCUGGGUGGCGGUGACACUUGCCAUGGCCCUGUUUCUGCCUGACCUUGGAGAUAUCAUCGGCAUCAUUGGUGGCAUCAGCGCCUUCUUCAUCUUCAUCUUCCCUGGUCUGUGCCUCAUUUGUGCGGUGGGCACUGAGCCCAGGGAAGUCAUGGGAGCCAGGGCCAGGUGCUGCCUGCAGGUCUGGGGUGCCAUGUCGGUGCUGGUGGGUGCCUUCAUCUUUGGGCAAAGCACAGCAGAAGCGGUGCUGGGGCUGUUCUAA